ACCCUGGCAGAUAGCUUGCAGGAGCAGUGACCCCUGGGUGGCAUUGAUCAGUGUCCAAGGGCUUGUGCUCCCCCAGCACCAGCCCCUGCAGCCCCGAAUAUAUUUAGAAAAGUGCCCAGACCAAAAAUAGAGGGAAAAGGUUUCCCCAGUGGCUGUUCCAUGUGCCAGUCACAAUGAAAGCCAAUGGGGCAUGCAGCUGCCUUGUGCCCCAAUAACCCCACGCCUGCUGUUGGGUGAACAGACAGAGGAAGCCAGGCAGACCUGUCCGCACCCACUGAGGAGCUGGGGACCAGCUGGGAAGGGGCCUCGCAGCAUCCUGCAUCCCGGGAGCCGACGGCACGGGAGCACUGGGCUCUGCCCCACACACCCACCUACGGUGAGGAGUCCCCAGGGAUCCCCUUGGUGCUUCCAGAUUUCUGCUGGAGGCCUUUGCUCCCGUUGCCUUCCUUGUGAUGGGUUAGGGGGUCCCUUGGGAUGGGGACACUGCAGGGACAGCCUUGGGUUGGGUCUGUGCACUCCUGCCCAUCCAGGGGAUGGGGUGGCGGUGUGGUGGGCUGUGGGGCGGCUGUGUCUGGAGGGCGGCUGUCUUGCAGGCAGCGUGUGCCAUGGGGGACUGGAGCCUGCUGGGGCGGCUGCUGGAGAACGCCCAGGAGCACUCCACAGUGGUGGGGAAGGUCUGGCUCACCGUCCUCUUCGUCUUCCGCAUCCUGGUGCUGGGGGCAGCCGCUGAGCGGGUCUGGGGUGACGAGCUGUCUGGCUUCUCCUGCGACACGCAGCAGCCCGGCUGCCAGAACGCCUGCUAUGACAGCACCUUCCCCAUCUCCCAUCUCCGCUUCUGGGUCCUGCAGAUCAUCUUCGUCUCCACCCCCAGCCUUGUGUAUCUGGGCCACAUCCUGCACCUGGUGCAUCUGGAGGAGAAGGCACAGCAGCAAGCGGCAGCGCGGGCCGGCAGCGGGGCCAGGCGGCCGCGCCCCAGGCAGCCCCAGCUCCCUGCAGGGGACACGCGGGGACGGGUCUGCAUGCGGGGGGCCAUCCUGAGGACGUACAUCUGCAACGUUGUCUUCAAGGCUCUCUUGGAAGUGGCCUUCAUUGUGGGCCAGUACACCUUGUAUGGGUUCCAGCUGAAGCCCCUCUACACCUGCAGCCGCUGGCCCUGCCCCAACACUGUCAACUGCUACAUCUCCCGGCCCACUGAGAAGACCAUCUUCAUCCUCUUCAUGCUGGGGGUGGCCUGCGUGUCCCUGCUGCUCAACCUGGUGGAGAUCUACUACCUGGGUCUCACCAAGUGCCGGCAGGGGCCAGGCCCCAAGUCCCGCAUCAUAACCACUCCCAGUGGCCCUUUAGGGCCCCGCAGUGCCCAUGUCACCCUGCCCAGGGUUGGCAGCCCCCUGGCUGCUGGCAGAUCCCCCCAUGGCCUGGCACCCCUGAAGAAGGCGGGAGCGUGGCUAGGGGUGGCUGGUGGGUCCCACGGGGAGAUGCGAGCGGCAGACCUGGCAGUGUGAACGUGGCCUGCUGGGACGGUCAGGGAUGGGGGAUGCACUGGUGGCCACACUGAAGGUUCAGUCUCCAGGCCCUGCCAGGCCUGUGAAAUGGAUCCCGUGGCCAGCACGAGAGUUGGGCAUGGCCCUGGGCACACGGCUCAGCUGCUCCCAGCACUCCUGGGAGCAGCAGGGCUGAGAGUAAAGCUGGGAUGGGGGAGCAAAUAAACACUCACUGCACCUCCCUUGA